GCCAUCUGCAAACCUCUGCAAAAUAUCAUGGUAGUCCCAAAAUAGGUGGCGAAUAAAGUGCUGGCUCGACGCAAGAAGUCGAGUCGGAUGCAAAAACGGUGAGCCCAGUUCAGGGGAACAUCCCUCUGCCUUGAUUUUCAAUGAAAUGAAGGCGUUGGAUGCGAGGCUAAGGGGGGAAAAGUGGUACCAGACGCAGGAAGAAACGUCCAUACGUGCUUUAUCUUAGUGGCUGUGACGUGAUAUUGCAGCUCCAGUCCCGAAGCUCGGAGAGCGAGCAAGCGAGAGAGCGGUUCCUAUCUCUCUCUGUUCUCACUCACUAUUCAAACAUCUUCCCUCCAUCAGCGAAGGAUUUUUUUGUCUACCUGCUGCCUGUCUCUAAUAUCUCUGGAGAGAGGAGAAGCGGGGAUAGAAGACCCAUCUCGAUACCUUCACAUUCAUUUCGUUAUUUUUGGUGCAGCCGAGUGGUUUCUCGUUCUGCUUACUUUAAUUCCCGGCGCAGUUAAUUGUUUUCCUGCCUUUUUUGUAUUUCUUGGUAUCGCGGUCUAGUGUGGCGUUAGCUCUAACUGGUUCCGCUUUUUUGUGGAAAAAGGGAGAUGAGACCGACUGGAGCCUAACGUAUUUUUCGUCUGUUGACCGUCUUGUUGCACUGGACUUCAAUCGUGGGCAAUGGGAAGUAUUGAUUCGCAAGAAGGCUGCACAUUUUGUUGUUAUUUCUGAAGGAUGUGUGCAAGUAUGUUGGAAAAAUAGCCAUAGUUUCCGGAGUGUAAGGCCAAAUGACAUAGGAUGAAGGCUAUUCGUAACCUGUUGAUUUAUAUAUUUUCCACCUAUCUCCUGGUAAUGUUUGGAUUUACUGGUGCCCAAGACUUCUGGUGUUCCACUUUGGUCAAGGGGGUUAUCUAUGGAUCUUACUCGGUGAAUGAAAUGUUUCCCAAGAACUACACAAACUGUACUUGGACGUUGGAGAACCCUGAUCCUACCAAAUACAGCAUCUACCUGAAAUUGUACAAGCGCGAUCUGAGCUGCUCAAACUUCUCUUUGCUGGCUUACCAGUUUGAUCAUUACUCGCACGAGAAGAUCAACGAGUUAUUGAAAAACAACGAGUCUAUCGUGUACGUGUGUGAUUCCAAGAAUAUUUAUAUAUUUUUACAGUAUGACAAGAAUUUCGUUCAACUUCGCCGGGUGUUCCCUUUCGAUUAUACUGGAUUGAUACAAAAGAAAAUGGAAGAGGAGCAGAAGUCGGUGUUGGAGUUUUUGGUUUUGAACAAGGCAAGCCCUAGUCAGUUUGGGUGCCAGGUAUUGUGCACAUGGUUGGAGAACUGCCUUAAAGCGGAGAAGGGGACGGUGGAAUCGUGUGGAAUAGUGUAUACAAAAUGCACCUGCCCUCAGCAUUUGGGCGACGGAGAGUCAGAAAAUGCGCUCGUCCUCAACAAUGUUGUCUUGCCCCUAAAUCCCCAAACGGAAGGGUGUCUGACUCCGCAGCUCCGAACUGCGCAGGUCUGCAAUUUAAGCGCAGAAGUAAAACGACCACCCAAGGAGGAAUUUGGAAUGAUCGGAGAGCAUACAGUAAAAAGUCAGCGGCCGAGAUCUGUUCAUGAAUCAAAGGGCCAACAGGAGCAAGCUGAAUCUGCUAAAUUUAUGGCACAAACUGGUGACUCUGGUGCUGAGGAGUGGUCCCAGUGGAGCUCAUGUUCAGUUACGUGCGGUCAAGGGUCGCAGGUGCGAACGAGAACAUGUGUCUCACCGUAUGGAACACACUGCAGCGGCCCUUUAAGAGAGUCGAGGGUUUGCAAUAACAGUGCUCUCUGCCCAGUGCAUGGUGUUUGGGAUGAAUGGUCACCCUGGAGUCUGUGCUCCUUCACAUGUGGCAGAGGCCAGCGGACCAGAACGAGGUCCUGCUACCCACCCCAGCAUGGGGGACGAGCCUGCGAUGGGCCGGAAACCCAAACCAAACUCUGCAACAUCGCCCUCUGUCCAGUGGAUGGCCAGUGGCAAGAGUGGAGCCCGUGGAGUGAUUGCUCAGUGACCUGUGCUAAUGGUACCCAGCAGAGGACUAGACAGUGCUCAGCAGCCGCUCACGGGGGAUCUGAAUGUCGGGGUCACUGGGCAGAGAGCAGAGAGUGUUACAACCCUGACUGCACAGCUAACGGACAGUGGAACCCCUGGGGCCCCUGGAGCGGCUGCUCAAAGUCCUGCGAUGGGGGCUGGCAGAAGAGAGCACGUGUCUGCCAGGGGGCUGCUGUUACCGGGCAACAGUGUGAGGGCACAGGGGAGGAGGUACGCAGGUGCAGCGACCAGCGUUGCCCAGCUCCGUAUGAGAUCUGCCCAGAAGACUACGCCGUAUCUAUGGUGUGGAGGAGGACUCCUUCGGGUGACCUGGCUUUCAACAGGUGUCCUCCGAAUGCAACAGGCACCACUAGUCGACGCUGCUCCCUGGAUCAGCGCGGCGUGGCCAUGUGGGAACAGCCCAGCUACGCCCGAUGCAUAACAAAUGAAUACAGAUCCUUGCAGCAAUCAAUGUGGCAGGUGAAGGAGCACCUGGCCAAGGGUCAGAGGAUGCUGGCCGGAGACGGGAUGUCCCAGGUCACCAAAACCCUCCUUGACCUCACCCAGAGGCGCAACUUCUACGCCGGGGACCUGCUGACCUCUGUGGAGAUCCUGCGCAAUGUGACGGACACCUUCAAGAGGGCCAGCUAUGUGCCGUCAUCAGAUGAUGUGCAGAACUUUUUUCAGAUCAUCAGUAAUCUCUUGGAAGAGGAAAACAGGGAGAAGUGGGAAGAUGCACAACAGAUCUACCCAGGCUCCGUGGAGCUUAUGCAGGUAAUUGAGGACUUCAUCCAUAUUGUUGGCCUGGGAAUGAAAGACUUCCACAACUCCUAUCUGAUGACGGGGAACCUGGUGGCCAGCAUACAGAAGCUUCCAGCAGUCUCUGUAAUGACUGACAUCAACUUCCCCAUGAAAGGCCGGAAAGGUAUGGUGGACUGGGCCAGAAACUCGGAGGACAAAGUGGUCAUACCCAAAGGCAUCUUCAUCCCUCAAUCUGCAGAAGCAGAUGGAUCGCCAGUGUUUAUACUUGGGACAGUUUUGUACAAAACCCUUGGCCUCAUGCUGCCCUCCCCAAGGAACAACACUGCUGUGAACUCCAAAGUCAUCGCCGUGACAGUUAGGCCUGAACCGAAGAUUCUGGAGGCCCACCUGGAAAUAGAGCUGGCUCACCUGGCCAAUGGCACCAUGAAUCCAUACUGUGCACUGUGGGACAGCACCAUCGCGAACGAUUCUUGGGGAAGCUGGUCCGCCAAGGGAUGUAAAACCGUGCUUACCGAUGCAUCCCAUACAAAAUGCUUAUGUGAUCGUGUAUCUACCUUCGCCAUUUUGGCUCAGCAACCAAGAGAAAUAACUAUGGAGUACUCAGGAGUACCAACCGUGACACUGAUAGUUGGCUGUGGCCUGUCUUGUCUUGCCUUGAUCACACUGGCAGUAGUGUAUGCUGUGCUGUGGAGAUAUAUCAGAUCAGAAAGGUCCAUCAUCCUGAUAAACUUCUGCUUGUCCAUCGUCUGCUCCAACAUAUUGAUCUUAGUCGGACAAACGCAGACACACAAUGCGGGCGUGUGCACGAUGACCACAGCCUUCCUGCACUUCUUCUUCUUGGCCUCCUUUUGCUGGGUCCUGACAGAGGCAUGGCAGUCCUACAUGGCUGUCACAGGGAAAGUCCGGACCCGCCUCAUCCGAAAGCGCUUCCUGUGCCUGGGAUGGGGUUUGCCAGCCUUGGUCGUUGCCAUCUCGAUGGGAUUCACCAAGGCAAAAGGCUAUGGGACGCCUCAGUACUGCUGGCUGUCUCUUGAAGGAGGUCUCCUCUAUGCCUUUGUGGGACCUGCAGCUGCUGUGGUUCUGGUUAACAUGGUGAUUGGCAUUCUGGUGUUCAAUAAACUGGUGUCCAGAGACGGGAUUCUGGACAAGAAGCUAAAACACAGAGCAGGGCAGAUGAGUGAGCCCCAUACAGGAUUAACUCUAAAAUGUGCCAAAUGUGGCGUUGUAUCAACAACUGCUUUAUCAGCAACUACGGCCAGCAAUGCGAUGGCUUCUCUGUGGAGCUCUUGUGUGGUGCUGCCACUUCUUGCCCUAACCUGGAUGUCAGCAGUUCUGGCGAUGACAGACAAGCGCUCGAUACUCUUUCAGAUACUCUUCGCUGUCUUCGAUUCGCUGCAAGGAUUUGUCAUCGUCAUGGUCCACUGUAUCCUUAGGAGAGAGGUACAGGAUGCCUUCAGAUGUCGAUUGAGAAACUGCCAAGAUCCAAUCAACACAGACGCCACUGGAACAUUCCCCAACGGGCAUGCGCAGAUUAUGACCGACUUUGAAAAAGACGUGGACAUUGCCUGUCGAUCAGCUCUUCACAAGGACAUGGGCUCCUGCCGGGCAGCCACCAUCACAGGCACCCUCUCCCGCAUCUCACUCAACGACGAGGAGGAUGAGAAAGGACCCGAGGGGCUCAACUUCUCCACGCUGCCGGGCAACAUCAUCUCCAAGGUGAUCAUACAGCAGCCCCCUGGCCUGCACAUGCCGAUAGGCGUGAACGAGCUGGGCGAGCAGUGCAUGGGCGACAGCACUAGCGAUAUGCGCCGGACCGUCUACCUGUGUACGGACGAUGCUGUGCGGUCUGGCGACCCAGAUGUGGGGGGCCACGAGAUGGGCGGCCAUGCCCAGCAGGCCCAGAUGAUGGAGACUGACUACAUAGUGAUGCCCCGUGGCUCAGGCAGUGCGCCCACCCUGAUGAAGGACGACAGCAAGAUGAACAUCGCCAUGGACGCGCUGCCCCACGAGCGGAUGAUGCACUACAAGGUCAACCCCGAAUUCAACAUCAACCCCCCGGGGAUGGAGCACUUGGCCAUGAACCUGGACCAGCCCUUUGCAGGGCAGGAGCACAUGCAGAACCUGCCCUUCGAACCCCGCACGGCCGUCAAGAACUUCCUGGCAGAGAUGGAGGAGAGCGCAGGCAUGUCAAGAAGUGAAACAGGAUCUACUAUCUCCAUGAGCUCCUUGGAGAGAAGAAAAUCACGAUAUUCUGACCUGGACUUUGAAAAAGUCAUGCAUACCAGGAAGAGACACAUGGAGCUGUUCCAGGAACUGAAUCAGAAAUUUCAAACUCUGGACCGAUUUCGAGAUAUACCAAAUAUGGGCGGCAUGGACAAGGCAAUGCCGAACAAAAACCCAUGGGAGAGCUACAACCCCGCAAGCGAGUACCAGAACUACGCCACCAUGAAUGUACUAGAAUCCGACGCCAAGGACUCUCUGGAAAUGACACCAGCCGAGUGGGAAAAGUGUGUCAGCCUACCCUUAGACGUCCAGGAAGGAGACUUCCAGACAGAGGUCUAAAGGGGAGAGGGGGUGGGAGACAUGGAGGGGAAGGAUGCAUUUUGCACUGAAAAAACGUGAAAGACUUUUCUUACAGCCUUGGCAUACAUAUCUGGACUAUACGAGUAUGGCAGGGACAUUAUGUGCCAAUACGUAAAAAAUGAAAAAAAGAAAAAACUAAAAAAAAAGUCAGUGUUUCUUUUGUAUUCUCACUAGUGUUCUUAGUGGGGGGCAGGCAGGUGUACAAUAUUUACCAUCAUGUGUUUAAAGUACCUGUGGAAUGAUUGGGUAAAGGUAAUCUUUCUAGAUAAAACCUCAAAAAGCAACGACGCCAUGUUGUCCCAGCUUCAUUGGGUUCGGUCUUUAUUUCACUGAACUGGGCCCGGAAGCACAAUGUAUAUAUUUAUGCAGGUUUUUAAAAAGUUUAUAACAGUCUGUUUGGCCAUUACUACACUUUUUACUUUAUAAUAUAAAAAA